AUAGAUACGACAUCCAGAAAUAAAUACUUCAACUCAUACCAACUUGCUUUCCCCAAAUCAUUUUCAACAGCUGUAUCAUCAUGGCACCUCGUUGUCACGCUGAGCAUCCGUGCCUAGUGCCCCCUCACCCAGAUCUCAUUGCACGCACCAAGGCCGAAGCGUCUCUGAAGGUUCAGGGUGUUGGAAAUGAUGCUUCUUUCCGAGCCCAGACUCGGAAGUUCAUCGCCGGAGAACGCAGGUUCCCUGGUCAGAACGAUGGAACCAUCUUCCCCAAAACCCAUUACAAGACGCCGACUUCAGUCAUGGCCAUGAGCCAAGCUGCCGCCGAUCGUGCCCCGCUCCGGGGUGCCCUCAAGUACGUGCAAGAAAGAAUUCCGUGGGAAGUGAUGCUAAUGUCCUACACAGGGUUGCCAUCGUCCUAGCCGAGUUCUCGGACGUCAAGAUGGCGGCGGGCACCAAGCAGCGCUUCCAGGACUUGUUCUUUUCCAAGGGAAAGGUUCCCACCGGAUCUGUCACUGAGUACUUCUCGGAGGUCUCCAAUGGCAAGAUCUCCUUGACAGGAGAGGUCGUUGGUCCUUUCACCCUCAGCAAACCAAUGUCGUACUACUCCAACGGCAAUUACGGCUACGGUUGGCCCGAGCCAAAUUCUCAAACCAUGGCGAACGAGGCACUCGAUAAGGCUAUCGGCCAAAUCAACUUUGCCCCCUAUGAUAACGACGGUAACGGUUAUGUUGACGCCUAUGUUGUUGUUCAUGCCGGAAGGGCUGCAGACGAGACAGGCAACAAGAACGAUAUCUGGAGUAUCAAGUGGACUCUUCCCAACGAACGUCAAGUCAAUGGCGUAAAGGUUUACGGCUUCUUGUCUGUCGCCGAGGAUGCAAAAUGCGGUGUUUGCGCACAUGAAAUCGGCCACUUGGUAUUCGGAUGGCCUGAUCUAUAUGAUACUGAUUACAGCUCUGCUGGUAUUGGCAGCUGGUGUCUCAUGAGCUUUGGCUCUUGGGGUGGUGGAGGUUACCGCCCUGUCCACCCAUCUGCCUGGUGCAAGGCGUCUCAAGGCUGGAUCGAAACCGUCAACGAAACCGAGAACCGGCAGGUUACUCUGAAGGAUGUGAAGUCCGGUUUGAAGACUCAUCGUCUGUGGAAGAACGGCGACGCCAGCAGCAAAGAAUACUUCCUCAUUGAAAACAGACAGCUGACCGGCUUUGAUGGAUCUCUUCCCGGAGCCGGCUUGCUCGUCUGGCAUAUCGAUGACAACCAGUGGUCAAACACCGAUGAGAAUCGCCCCUGGGUCAAGAUCCUUCAGGCCGAUGGCCUCGACCAGCUCAAGGCCAACAAUGGCGGCGGUGAUGCUGGCGACCCAUUCCCGGGUAUUGCGAACAAUGUCAGCUUUACUGCCACUUCCAAUCCCAAUAGCAAGGACUAUGCGGGAAAUGAUACAUUCGUCUCGAUUACGAAUAUCCCUCAGCCUUCUGAGACCAUCACGUUCAACAUCACCGUCAAGCCAGUUGACCAGCCACCUACUGGAGACUUCGACAGCAAGCAAUGGUACAGGUUGAAGAACACCUACAAUCCAAACAGCUACUCGCUUGCCGUCAUCAACGACGGUGGUUCCAACAGCACUGGUCGCAUCCAGAUGCAGCGUGACUCGAACGAUCCAAGCCAAUUCUGGCAGAUCAAGUCCAACAGCGACGGCACGUACUUCAUUCGCAAUCUCUUCCUCGGCGCGAAUCGCCGCCUCGAUGUGUAUGGUGAUGAUAAGACCAAGCCAGUUGUCGGGGACGCAGCUGGUAGCUGGGGAGAGUAUUGGACCAUCAAGCCAUGGGGUGAUGGGACAUGGUACUUCUGGAACGGAUACAGCGGCCAGAAUCUCUAUCUCGACACAAUGGAAGGCAGCGAGAGGGUUGCCCUGAACGGAAGAAAUGAGGGCAGGCCCACGCAGAGGUGGACUGCGAAGGCCAUUCGCCAAAUCACGGAGACUGGGUUUUGAUGGGCUCGCUUGAACUAGUUUAUUUCGUGACGCUGCGUGGGGUCUAUCUGGCACAGAUUGAGCACAUGUUCUUCGAAUAUCUCUUUGAUAGCUUAUGAUUUGUUCGUCUGCGAGCAAGAUGAC